AUGGUGUCCUGCUCUGACGAUGUCCGUGGAAUGGCUGACGAAAGCUCAGCAAGAAUUGAUCGGUAUUGUAGGACGGCGUACCGAGGACUUAUUCGCGCAAAUCUAAAAUCACUAUUUCAAGGUAAUCCCUCUGCAGCUUAUGGUGGAAACAACAUACGAAUCCCUUUCAUUUUCCUCUUCAAAUACUUAAGAGGGCCGAUGUCCCAAUAUAACCUGCCAUUGCCAGUAAAUAAUUUGACACGGACAAUCAGCCGAAAGGCUCGCGAACGAGAAGAAGAGAAGGCAGCAACUGGAGGCGGGGACAUCUUCUUUAUGCGUAGCCCUGUUGACCUUACUGGUUGCGAUGGGGACAUUGUACUUUUUGAAUACUCUGAAGAAUAUCCUCCAAUCAUGAUGCAGUGCGGAAUGGCUACUCGUGUUAUUAAUUAUUAUCGCCCAUUGCAUCCGAAAGAUCCUUCUUUGUCACCAGCUAUUGGAUAUUCUUCUGAACCCCCAGAUCUGCCUUAUGGUUCUCUAGUGUACGUUGGCCGUAACGAUAGUCCGUUUUUGGGCGUUAUACGUCCUGGAGGUUGCUUGCAGGCCUUGGAGAACAACAUGUUUAGAUCUCCUAUCUUUUUUCACAGAGUACCUUGUACUGAUUUUCUGAUGAUACGCAAUCGAAAUGGCCUUAGCAUUCGUCGUUUACAUACAGCUUUUUGUGUUGGCCAGGAGGUACCACUCAUGGAGGUAUCUGGACCUAACUCAAAAAGAGCUAACAACUUUGUCCGUGACUUUCUUCAGGCCUACAUUUUGCGACUAUUUCUUCGCAGUAUUGAUGAGCCGAAGAGAAUAAAAAUAGAGGAGAUCCGUAAAGCCUUUCCAAACCACUCAGAAUGCAGUGUGCGCAAGAGACUUAAGGUCUGUGCUGACUUCAGAAGGACGGGUGAGUUUAGUUGUUUUUUUAAAAGUUCUAUAUUAUGA